UCAGUCGGUGUGAGACUUAGCUGCGAUUCCUACUUGAAAGGAUCGAUACAUGAAGAAGAAGAAAAGCGAAAAGCAAAAAGCGAACGGGGUUGCGUGUAAGAUAUCGAAUAUCGAUGUAUAAGUGCUUGUAUCCGAUUUGUACACAUUAGUGAUUUAUUUUGUCGUUUCUGAUUUUUUUUUUAGUUUUGGAAAACGUUGCACUAAAUGUGCCUGAAAAAAAAUAACAAACACUCGAAAUUGAAUAUUCGAAAACAAAGAAACAAGUUUUAAAAUUAGCCACGUGUGUUUAUGUAGGUGAAAUUUUAAGACACAAUUCGUGCCAGAACACAAAAGCCAGCGGUUGGAGCAGAAAUUUGAAAGCGGCAACAAAUACAAAGUCCUAAAAGCAUGAAUGAACGCGCCGAAACGGUGCCAGAUGUCGUCGCCAAUGGCCAGGCAAAUGGCACAGUUGUCUCAUCUGCAAGCGAUGGGAGUGCAGGCAUUCCCACACUCAUCAACAGCACUGACAACAACAAUUCACCCAUAUCAGUGGCGGUACCAGUGGUGCCCAAUGCAGAGAUUUCAGUGGUCAACACAACGCCCAUGCUAAACAAUCACUUUGGCAGUGGCACCUACAAGAAUACCAUUGUCAUCGAUAGCCAGCCGAAACGGAAAGUUAGCAUUGUCUCUGAUCCGGCAAGUGAAGCUCGCAACAUAGGCGCAUACGAUAAUCCAGCAUUCGAACAAAAUCCACAUCGGAAAAUAUCACAGACAUCUACACAUUCACAUACGGAAAUUGGACCUACUCGAAGAAAGAGUAUUUUAGUGAAUUCAACAGCCAAUACAACAACAUUACCUGUUCCACUUGGACAUGACAAUGAAUCAGAUCGGGGAUCUUUACAUAGUUAUGGCGAGAAUAGUCGGCCAUACAGAUCGUCUGCGCUCGACAACUUGAACGCGAAAAUCUAUCAGCAUGAACAGGAGCAUGCUCUCUAUGCACAGGACAAUAAGUGGGAGGAAUCCUGGAUUUAUACAUUUUGCCUAAAGUGUCGUGGCGAAGAGAAUCGACCGUCUUGGGAGCCACCUUAUUGGCAAAAAAUUUUCCCCUAUCCGCUAUGUCCGUCAUUUCGGCAAUUCUCGCGGCUUUGUGUACUCAUACUGAUCGGGGUGCUCAUCUGGUUUACCGCAUAUGUCAUCAUCGGCGAUUCGGCUGCCCCUGGUGGACAGCUUUUCAAUUUGGUUGUGCUUGCUGUGGCGGCUAACUUUGGCGGUUGGCUAAUAUCAUUGACGACAUUGCCACGGCUCAUUGGUAUGCUGCUCGUCGGAAUACUAUUUCAGAAUAUUGGCUGGGUACAUUUGGAUGGAGAUUUUAGCCGCGUAACAGCGCAUUUACGUAAAUUUGCGCUCACCAUUAUACUUAUUCGAGCUGGACUCGAAUUGGAAGCAGAUGCUUUUCGCAAGGUCUACAAAACGAUUCUCAAACUCGGCGUUAUUCCAUGGGGAACGGAAGUCAUCAUUAUUUCGCUUACAACACACUGGCUGCUGAAUUUGCCCUGGGUUUGGUCAGCACUAUUGGGUUCGGCGGUUGCCGCUGUUUCCCCAGCGGUUGUUGUGCCAUGUCUCAUCCGUUUGCGCUCGAAGGGUUAUGGCGUAGCCAAAGGUAUACCCACUUUGAUCAUCGCAGUUUCGGGCAUCGACGAUGCGUUGUCCGUCGCACUCUUCGGCAUCAUAGGCAGCAUCAUGUUCUCAGAUCGCGGUCUUGGCUAUCAGAUUUCGCAGGCACCUGUUUGCAUUAUUGGUGGUUUGGCAUUUGGUGUUAUCUGGGGCUAUGUGGCGCGCUUCUUCCCUGAGAAGGGUGAUGAAUAUGUGGUGCCACUGCGUUCCAUAAUGUUAUUCGCUGGCAGUUUAGUGGCCAUUUAUGGCAGCGAAAAGCUUGAAUACGAAGGCGCCGGACCAUUGGCGGUCGUCUUUUCGGCAUUCAUCUCGAACCUUUUCUGGUGCCAGCAAGGCUGGGAGGCGGACGAUAAUCCGGUGGGAACAGCAUUCGAAAUUAUUUGGAUGUUAUUCGAACCCAUACUAUUCAGUAUAACCGGCGCAACUAUUAAGUUUGAUGAAUUGGAUGGCGAUAUUGUGUAUCUGGGUGUAUCCUGCAUUGUGAUUGCCGCUGUGCUGCGCAUCUGCUGUACGGUAGGCAUUGCGUUCGGCGACCGACUUAACACCAAAGAGAAAUUCUUCGUCGCCUUCUCGUGGAUGUCGAAAGCCACUGUACAGGCAGCACUUGCACCGGUCGCUUUGCGCAAUUUAGGUGACAGUGCUAGCGACGUGGAGAAGCGUUAUGCGUAUAUUGUGCAGACACUUUGUGUUUUAAGUAUUAUAUUGACAGCACCACUGGCUGCCAUUUUGAUCACCAUUUCAGGGCCGCGAUUGCUGACGCGCACCAAACUACCACAAGUAAUGGAAGGCUGGCGUCGCAGUCAUCGGCCAUCUCUUCGUGACAUUAGCAUUAUUGACGAGGAGGAGGAGCGCGAGGAUCCAGAAUUGCCAGAGGAUAAGACUACCGCUGACAACACCCAAUCGAAUGCACACAUCAACAAUAUUGGCUACGUACAUUAGCAGUUUAAUGGCAAAGCGUGUCAAAUUGCCAGAUAAUAAAAAAAAAUUAUGUGGCCAAAGGGCUUUCUUUUGCCCGAUUAUGUGCCCAUGUUUGCAACGUUUUUGCGUUCGUCUCUAUAUUUUGCCGAAUAAAGAAUGUAUGUACGUGUAUGUUGAAAUACUAUUAAAUUAAGAAGGCAUCGGCAGGAUACGAUAUUAUCUAUUCUACAGAUACAAUACCUACCGCCCAUAAUUAUUCGAGUGUUUGUUUUUUCCUUGUUUUUAAAUUUAAUAUUAAAAUAUAAAUAUGUACUAUAUAAUAAUUAAAUAUUCAAACGAAUAAAGUCUGCGUUAAUACUUAAAAUUACCCGAA